AAAUAGUUCAUACAUCUGUAACAAAUCCCCUCAAACGGAAAUCCUCAUUUCUAUAGGACAGUCUUCAAUUGUGAUAUUUCGAGGGGAAUUGUGGAAGAAACAUAGACCUGGUUAGAAAAACGUGGGGAAGUUUGUCAACUAUAUAUCAAUCUUAUAAGGUAUGUCGAGUGGUUCGUGUUUUCCACUUGUAGAUGGUACUAACAAAUGAUGAAUAACAGUUUAUGUAUUUUGAAUGACAAUUCUGGAAGCGUAAUUCCUCACUCAUUCUUGUUUCUUUGUGAAACCAAAAGCAGGUGUCUGUUAGUAUUUGAAAAGAUCAUCAAUUCCGUAUCAUGAUUUAUUCAUACAAAUGAUGUUUAGAAUACUGAACUAUCAGCAUACAAUUAGGGGUAGUUGCUGGUGCCGUGACGGGAUUGCUGAAAUCGCGGGUGACACCUCUAUUGUAUUCAUAGGGACACCGUAUCUGCUCGUGCAUGAAAGGCGAAGAUAACGAACAGUGAUCAAUCUCAUAACUACUAUAAGCAAUACAAAAUAAAGAGUUGGGCAAACACAUCAGACAACAGUUUACCCAAUGUUAGGUUGUAUUGACAAACUAGAUCGUUAUAAUGACCAUAACAUUUGCGAAAUGCUGAUUUUAAACAUGUAAGACACAUCAUACACGCACACUCACCCACACAUAUACACACGCACCCACACAUACACAUACAACACACACGCAUCCACACAUACACACACAACACACACGCACCCACACAUACCACAAUGAGAAAAUGAAGGAAAAUGAAAAAGACCCACAGCUGAUCCAUCUAUGGAGAUCGAUGUAUUUCUUAAUAACUAGACCUGCAUGUAAUAUAUACCACCAUAAAACGAAAACAAUACUUUUUGAAAUUCGUUUUUUCGAAGAAAAAAAAUUAUAUUUAUGACAUUUUAAGAAAAUGCAGGUACAGGCUGCAUAUUAGUCAUUAUUUUCACUGUGUAUUACUAUAAAGAAAAAAAAAAAUCAUCAAAAAUUAAAAAUGAAAAAAAAUGGUUACAAAUAAUUCAGUCAGAUAUAGUCUUUGUUACGUUCUUCGUCUGCUGACACCGGAAAUUAAACACCGAAUAUUUCCUUUUUCUUUUCACCUGCAAAGAAGAUUAACCUCAAAUCUAUGUUUUUUUUCACAUGAGUGUAAACUUCCCGAGUGUACUUCAGAAAAAAGCCUAGGCUAUCAAAUAAUACCUUUAUAAACGAUUGGACACGGCUACCCAUGUCCUAAAUCUUAAGGUAUCGGUUAUGCAAGAAAAUUCGUUUGGAAUGUUUCUGGUUAUAAGUUAAAAGAGAACAACACGCCGCUUCGACAGUUCAGUACAUGACACCUGGAAGACAAUGCCUGAGCUUCUGACGCAAAAUUACAGAGAACAGCUGGCAACAUGGAUCGGUAAGACAUGUCACUUCCGGUUACUGUACAAGAUCAGCAGAGACGGAUGUUCUGCGCAGACGUUCCAUCAGAAGUGUGACGGUCAGGGUCCCACAGUGACGGUGCUGUACAACACCAACAACACGAUAUACGGGGGGUACCUGUCACAGAGCUGGAACUCUAAUGGCGGGUACAUCAAUGAUCCAUACGCAUGUCUGUUCCGGCUGCAGUAUAACGGAUCGUCCAAUCCACUGAAGUUCCAAAUUACAAAGACUGCUAACGCUGGCUAUGGAGAUAGUAAUAAUGGUCCAACAUUUGGUGGUGGACAUGAUCUGAAAACUUUUACUGGUACCAUCAUCAAGUCUGGGAAUGUGUUUUCUCUGAAUGGAUAUGUACAAAAUAUCGGAAACAGCUACAACCUGAAUGGCCAAAACGCAAAUUCCGUGACAAACAACAAUAUGAAGGUCACGGAUUUAGAAGUUUAUCUUGUUCAAGAUGGACCGGGACCAAGAAAUUUAGAUAAACCUUGGAGAGACGACUCUGAAUGGACGUCUGAGAAGGCACAAGAACUAAAGGAGAAUUUGAUUGACUACAAACCAGUGACGGAAGCCAAAACAACAGCUGCGAACAUUCUUCUGAUUGGUCAAAUUGGUGCUGGGAAAUCCAGUUUCUUUAACUCUGUUAACUCUAUUUUCCGUGGGAAAAUCACCAGCAAGGCGUGUAGUGGAAGUUUUGAGCACAGUGUGACGACCUGUUACAGGCAGUAUACGGUUAAGGACUUCUCUUCAGGAAAGUUCCUCAACUUCCGUUUGUGUGACACACGAGGAUUUGAAGAGGAAUUGGCUUUGGAUGCAGAGGAAAUUUCCUUUGCAUUAGACGGUCAUGUCCCAGAUCGUUACCAGUUUAAUCCCAUGGUUCCCUUCACAACGGAUACCCCUGGAUUCGUGAGAGUCCCAAAGCUACGGGACAAAAUUCACUGCGUAGCUUUUGUUGUAGAUGGUAGCACUGUUGAUGUCCUUUCUGACAAAACUCGCAAACAACUUAAGGAUCUACAAAUAAGAAUGAACCACAAAAAAACUUGGACAAACACGGGCCCCUCAACACACCAGAGGUGGGAUCAGCUGCCUAGGAGGAAUGUACCCCAAGUUGUCUUAUUAACGAAGCUGGACAAAAUAUGUCCGGAAGUGGAGGAAGAUGUUACAAACACUUUCAGCAGCUCCAGUAUCUCCCAUGCCGUUGAAAAGGUAGCAGAAAUGAUGGGUCUUCCACGUGCACAUGUACUCCCCGUGAAAAACUACGAGAGCGAGAGAAAACUGAAAAAUGGGGUCGAUAUCCUGUUAAUGGAGGCUCUACAACGAUGUUUAGAUUUCGCUGAUGAUUUCAUAGAUGAACAACUUGACAGUUUGGCGUUGGAAGAAAAGACAAUAAAAGACAGGGAUUGACUACGAUUUGUCAUCAGUGUAUGAUAAACCAUGCCUUAGUCUUUGUUAGAAAUUAUAAAAUGAGUAGCAUCAGCUGCUUCUAAACUCAAUAAUAAAACAAUCUACAUUAAAUCUGCAUAUCCCAUGCCGUUUUUUGAUGCAUUGAAUGUUGAAUAAAAUGUAUCCUGUAA